AAUGCUUUCUGGAAAGCGAUGUUUUGGAGGUACAGGUACAGGACGGCCAAGAGCGAGUUUGAGGCGGCGAGCCAAAGACUUCAACAAGAGAGGAACAAGGGAGAAGAAUUGGCUUCUGAGCUGAGCCAAUUUCGCCAGGAUAUUGAGAACACUGAAUCAUGGAGGGGAUUAGUUGACGGAAUUCUGAAAGAGAUCCAAGAAGAGUUUGCUGAUCCAAAGGCCAGAAACAAACCUAGGGGAGCCGAGAAGUAGUAAAC